AUGAAUAAAGCACCAUUGUUGAUUGAAAUGGAUUAGAUAAAAGAAGAAGAGAGUCAUAAAGUAAGUGGAAUAAGACCAUCAAAAUUUUCUAUUGUAAGUAGACUCUCGGUUCAAGAUUUACAAAGUGCUUGGUUUUAUGUAUAAGAAACUUGGAAAAGUGGUAUGUCUUAAGCAGCAUUGAAUAUCCCAUUUGUAUUAGCAUUGGGAGCUAAUUCAGGAGUUUCAGCUGCGAUGGGACUUACAACUGCUUUUAUAGCUGCAUUUGUGAAUGGGUUUUUUAGUGGUAGUAAUCACUCAAUAUAUAUGCCAUCUUGGACAAUUACAGGGUGGAAUUAUUUUCUAACUCAAUAAUAUGGAAUUUAGAUAUUGCCAUUGGCUACCUUAGUUUCUGGAUUGAUGAUCUACUUAAUUAGUUUGUUUAAGUGGCAUCAUUUGUCAGAUUACAUUCCUUAAUACGUUAUAGAAGGAUUUUACUUAGGAAGCGGAUUCCUCUUUUUGAUAUUGUAUAGUGAUUACAUCUUUGGAAUAACAGAUAACCACACAAAUGUAGGUUAGAAAAUAUAUUCGAAUUUAAUAGAGAUGUACAUUUCAUAUUAUGAAAGAGGUGAUCUUUAGAAUGUGCUUUACACAGUUUUAAUAUUUAUGUUCUUGCAAUUCGGUUAUAAAUUUCAUCGACCUUUUCCUUGGGUUUUGUUAACUACUUCAUUUGGUUUAUUGAUUGGGAAUUUAUAUCCAACUGAGUAAUGUUUGAGAUACGUUUAUGGAAAUACUAGACUAUAGUUUAAUCUUAUAUAAAUCAAUGAACUGGACUUGGGAUUUGAGUAAAUUUUUGAGAUAAUGCAAAUAUGUAUACCCAUAGCAAUUUGUGUAACCAUCCAAAAUUUAUUAUGUGCAAGAGGAGCUUAAUCUUUGACGGAGGUCAAGUGUGAUUAUGACUAAGAAACAUUUUGUGUAUCAUUUGCUAAUGUUAUUAGCGGUUUAGUUGGUGGUAUCCCUUGUUGUGCAUCCAGCAGAAUGUACACUCUUAAUAUCAAAUUAAGAGACAUCAAUAAAUGGUCAUCAAUAAUAAAUGCUUGUUCAAUCUUCAUAUUUUAUGGGAUAGCUUCUCAAUUUUUUAUGAAUAUACCAUUAUAUGUCAUCGCUGGUUAAAUUUUAUUAGUUGUAUAUCAAUUUCCUCCUUGGAAUUAUCUUAUUAAAUUGUAUCAAACAAAGAGAAGAUUAACAUUAUUUAAAUGUAUAUUAAUAUCUUGGAUUUGCUAUAAUUAUGGAGCAAUGUACAGUACAAUUAUAGGUUGUUUGCACUCCUUAUUUUUAUUUGCAUAGAAAAUGAGUGGAGCUGCAUCUGAAAUCAUAGUAAAUACGGAUCACGAUGCUCGUAGAUCUUCAUAUAAUGAAAAAGAAUAACAUUUCGAUGAUGAUCUACCAAAGGUUGAUGGAUCCUAUACUCUAUAUCGAUUUAGUGGCUCAAUCAAUUAUAUUAAUAUUAAUAAUCACAUAAUUCAAAUUAAGUAGCUAGCCUUUACAGAUUACAUCAUAUUUAGCUUUAGAUAUGUUAGUGUCUUUGAUGAAUAGGCAAUUGAUAAACUAGCAAUUAUGAUUGAAAAUCUCAUGAAAUCAUAACAUGAAAUAUACUUGACUGGACUACAUAAAACUAUGAUUGAGGAGAUGGAAUACAAUUCUUUUUUCAAAGAGUUCUUUAUCUUAUGCCAUGAUAAAGUUAAGACUUUGGGUCAAUGAAAAGAAUAUUAUAUAUAAAAAGUUUUAUGUUAUUUUUUUAUAAAUAUUUAAUA